CGACAUUGCAAUGUCUCUCGACACCUACGCCCCCAGCCUUGACUACACUCCCACAAAACCCAGCUCCGUGCUCUUCCAAGGCGAUAUACCCGCUGCUGUUCAACGCCAGAUCGUCGAAUUCAGCGACUUCCACCUCAAGGGCGUCGACUUUGCCCGCACGACAGGCCAACGACUCGCCCUCAAGGAAGCCUCGGUCUUCCGGCGCCCAGAAGAUGCGAAGCUCCAGUCUCGGCUUGUCUAUGAACUCACAGUUGCACAAGAUAUGACAAACCGGCAGCACACAUUGCAUGGCGGCUGCACAGCGUUCCUGGUAGACGUGUGUUCGUCAGUGGGGCUCGCCUUUCUCGCGAUGGUCCAGGGGAAGCCCUCGGACUUUGUCUCCCAGACGAUGAUUACGACAUAUCACGCGCCUGCGCCUGUCGGAGCAAAGCUCAACAUCGUGAGCACCACGACUUCCUUUGGUGCGCGGACGGUGGCGUCGCGGAUCGAGGUCUGGGACGUGACACACCACCGCCUCUGCGUCUCUGGCGUGCACAACAAGAUGGCCCCAAAGAUGCCGACGCCGACGCCGCAGAACGCGAAGCUGUAAGCCGGAUUCGGCUUUCAGGGACGGCGGCGACGAUCUGCUUGGCCGGGGAGGUGGCUCCGAUAGAGCUGGCUACGUUCAUGCACUUGGAGUUUGCGAAUGCUAUCUUGAAUUGGUCUCGGAGCCCGUGUGCUUUGGAAACACAUUGUUCUAUGUGAGGAUGCAGCAGUGAUUUCUCUAUGGAGAUCCUGGACGACGCGCC